UAAUGUCUCUGACAUGCGUUAAUAUGACCGAGGAUGUCUGGUUGACUUGCCUCACUCAUGCAUUGUCCACCGAGACCGAAGAAAUCAUGGGUCUUCUUCUCGGCGACAUCGAGUACUCAAAAAACGGAAGUGCCACAGCUCUGAUCUGGGGAGCAUCGCCUCAGUCACGGUCUGAUCGGCAAAAGGAUCGAGUAGAAACCAAUCCUGAACAGUUGGCUGCUGCGUCAGCUCAGGCUGAUAUAUCCUUGAAAAGAUUUACUGCUUUUCGUUUUCUAACAACACGGGUGAUAGGAUGGUACCACUCCCAUCCUCAUAUCACCGUUCUUCCUUCCCAUGUCGAUGUACGGACACAAGCAAUGUACCAGCUUUUAGAUUCUGGGUUUAUUGGUCUCAUAUUUUCCUGUUUUAGUGAAGAUGCAAACAAGGUUGGUCGAAUCCAAGUUAUCGCUUUCCAGUCCUCUGAUGGAAAGCCGAAUUGUACUCCUACAUCAAUGAGCCUGGUACUUGCAACUAAAGAUUCUAUCAUCGAUUUAGAUUCGUCAUUAAGUUCUUCAGACUCGGCAUACCAGAGAUCCUCUUCUGCUCAUGUUGACAAUCCUGAGCAUGACACAAGUGAUACAGCUACAACUUCCGUAUCUAAGGGUGGAGGGCGAGUUUCAGAUUUUGGGGAUUUCUUUGUUAACAAUACUGAGGCCAACAGCACCGGGAGAGAUGGAACAAGUGGAAACUACAGCUCAGCUAUAGAAAUUGAUACAAUGGACAUGUCUGAAAGCAUGCAAGAGGCGAUGCUCCGUUCAAAUUUGGAAACCAGCGGUGUUGGGUAUGUUAGAAAAGAAGUCCCGCUUCAUGUUUUGCCGACUUUGUCCCUUCUUCAACUAAAUUCACCUUUAGCAUCUUUUAAGGAUCUGCAACGAGUACUCUACGAGGAGGAACGAGCAGCGUACCACCAGUCUCUCCUGCAAAGCAUGAGAGCCGGGAAAGUACAUCCUCUCACUUUCAUUCACAACACAUCGACAUAUCAGGCUUCCAUGUGCAAGCUGAUGGAAUACUGCUUGAGUCCCGCCAUUAACGCACUUCAAGAUAGGGUGAGGGAGAACAAGAUCCGGUUAGCAAUGUUGAUGGAAGAAGCACAGAAACUUAACGGAGCAGAUACGAGCGGAGGACCAUCUCGUCUGGUUCAGGGUUCUGGCAGCCGAAGCAGAAGAGAUUCUCGAAAGAUCUCCGAC